CAACAAAAUGUCGACUGAAAUAGAAACGAGUAUGUUGGUGAUCGUUCUGGACGUCAAUCCGAUGCAUCGUAUAGUGAAGCAAGAAAUCAAGAUACUGUCACAGUGUUUAGACUCUACAAUUGUUUUUGCCAAUGCUCACCUUAUGCAAUCGUCUAAUAAUGAACUGGCAAUAAUGUCAUGUCAUAGCCAUGGUGCUAGCUUCCUUUAUCCUUAUGAAAAUGCAAUAGAAAUAAGACAGAUAGAUGGGCAGUACGAAAAGUUUACCAUGGUAGAGCGCACGGUACGUCAGCAAUUGCAGCAGGUCAUUAAUGAGAUCUCCAUGGGUGUUCCAUUGAAUACGGAGAGUCUCAUCUCUGGUGCACUCAGUAUGGCGUUGUGCUAUAUUGCUCGGUUGGAGCGAGAAAAAGUUGCUGGCCAGAAGUUGCAUCCUAGGAUAUUGGUGAUUACUGCCAGCAAUGACUCGGCCACGCAGUACAUGAAUUACAUGAACAUAUUCUUCACUGCACAGAGAAUGAAUGUCAUUUUGGAUGUGUGCAGCUUGGAUCAAGAGCUGACACUCUUACAACAGGGCUGCGAUAUUACUGGUGGUAAUUACCUGAAGGUGCCACAGCUUGCUGGAUUGCUGCAGUAUUUAUUGUGGGUUUUCCUGCCAGAUCCCAGUGUUAGGUCAAAAUUGGUUCUUCCUCCACCAGUAAAGGUGGAUUAUAGGGCAGCGUGUUUUUGCCAUCAGGAACUUAUUGAUAUUGGAUACGUUUGUUCCAUAUGUUUAUCAAUCUUCUGUAAGUUCAGUCCAAUAUGCACUACUUGCCACACGGUAUUCAAGAUGCCAGGACCUAUGCCAAUAAAGAUGAAGAAGAAAAAGAAAAAUGUAGACGUCGUCCAUUAAUUGUAUAUU